GGGACGCGACUUGUUCAAUGGCCAUUCUUCUCUGAAACACUAGACUAGAGAACCCCGCAUCCCACUUCUUCCAGGCUCCAGCUCUUCUUCACCCUAACCCAGAUCCGCGGGGACCCAGCCGAUUCGCCCAGCCACGCCACCGAGCGCUCGUCUCGUCUCGUCUCUCGACCCAAUCCCGUCCCCCGGCGCGACGCCCCGCCGCGCGAUGGCCGACGGCGCCAGCAGCAGCGGGGCCGCCUCGGCCUCCGGCCCCGGUGGCGGGGGCGGCGGGGAGUCGGUGGUGAUCGACUACGGCCGGCGCCGCACGGCCUGCGGCUACUGCCGAUCCACCGGCCAGACGAGCAUCUCGCACGGUCUAUGGGCUAACAGCCUGAGAGCUGAUGACUAUCAAGCUCUUCUUGACCGUGGGUGGAGGAGAUCUGGUUGUUUUCUUUACAAACCUGAGAUGGAACGUACUUGCUGUCCUCAAUAUACAAUACGCUUGAAGGCAAAUGAUUUCAUUUGUUCGAAGGAGCAAGGUCGUGUACUUAAAAAGAUGCAAAGGUUCCUUGAUGGUGAGCUUGAUCCACAGGUUGGAAGUCCACAGAAUAAAACUAGCCCUACAAAACAUUCACUCGCUGAACCUAUGAAUAUGCCGGUCUCAAAAAUAUCCAAGACAUUAACAAAUGAUUUUCAAGCAGCCAAAUGUCCAAAUUUAUUUGAAGAAGAUGAGUUCAUCAGUUGCCUGUCUAGCAAAAUUAAUGAGGCAGUGGGUAUGUCCUUCCAAGUUGGUACAUUAGGUUCUGAUGUUCAACUCCCUAAAGCUGUUGUAAAGACUGUUAAACCACAACUAAAAAAGAAAGUAGGAGGAGCAUCACAAGACAAGAAAGUAGGAGAAGCAGUACAAGAUUUAUUGUACACAUGUAAUAUAAGCUUUCAAAUAGUGGCAGAAAUCAGACGUGCAUUGCCUAAGGAGAAGGAUGCUAAUCACAAUAAAGUAGUAGCAGAUAUUUCUCCAAACUCUAUUGCAGAAAAGCUGGCCAUGACAAUGGAGUGCCAUGGAGAUAUUGCUGGUUUAGCAGUAAAAGCCUGCAAUGGCCAUCUGAACUUCUAUUCAGUCACCAAUCAGACAAAGCAGAACAAAACCAGUAUCAUUGUGUCUACACAUGCUCCAGAUAAAUCUAGUAGCUCAAAGCAAAGCUCUGUGAACAAAAAUACUGUAAGAGUUCCCCAGAAAAGAAGAAAGCUUGAAAUUAAAAUGAGAAGGUCACAUUUUGAUCCUGAGGAGUUUGCUUUAUAUCAAAGAUAUCAGACAAAAGUGCACAAGGAGAAGAAAGUUUCAGAAAGCUCAUACAAGAGAUUUCUAGUGGAUACACCAAUCGUGUUUGUUCCCCCGCGGAGUGGUGAUAAUACAGUUCCACCUUGUGGAUUUGGUUCAUUUCACCAGCAGUACAGAAUUGAUGGAAAACUUGUGGCAGUUGGUGUAGUUGAUAUCCUUCCUAAGUGCCUGUCAAGCAAGUAUUUGUUCUGGGAUCCUGACUUUGCUUUCCUAUCUCUUGGAAAGUAUACAGCUCUGAAGGAGAUAGAUUGGGUCAAGACAACACAGGAGCACUGCCCCAACCUUCAAUAUUAUUAUCUUGGUUAUUACAUACAUUCCUGCAAUAAGAUGAGAUACAAAGCUGCGUAUCGACCAUCAGAACUUCUCUGUCCAGUCCGUUUCGAGUGGGUGUGCUAUGACAGUGCCAAACGUUUACUAGAUAAGAGCCUGUAUUCUGUCCUAUCUGAUUUUGCCCAAAUACAAGAUGAGAUGCCUCAGCCACAGAAUUCUCAUCUUGAUACUGAGUUAUCAAAAAAUGACAAUUGUGAGUCUCCCAUCGAUGAGGAUGAUGAAGAUUUGUCCUAUGAUGACUCAGACAUGAUGGUUGAUGAAGAGAUGGUUCGAUCAGAAUCCAACACUGAUGUAAUGGAGGAUUGUUCCAGCAUAAUUGAUUUUGAAAAUGUCAUGAUGGAUCUGAAUGGUUCUCGAGUUAAAUAUAAGGAUCUUCUGGGAGUCGUUGGACGAAUCGAGAGGAGGCACCUCGAACAGCUAGAAAGGCAAUUGAGCAAAUACGUGAAAGUUGUAGGGAAGGAGCUAUCUGAUCGCAUGGUUUAUUCCCUGUAGUUGGCCUGCAAUUCUGUCCCAAGGGAGCAAUGCGACCAUUUAGAGGUACAAUAACAUGUUUAUGCUAAUCGCUUCGCAGUCGAAUUCUGGUGGGUUCAGGUUGGAGGCUGGAAUGACACAUUUUUCCGGCCGAUUCGUUAUCUGUCAUUGAAGUCCGUAUUCCAUAAACUGUUGGCCGAAGGGUAUAGCACAAGUCGUUUGGUUUCUGCACAUGAUUCUACAUAAAAAUAGCACAUCUGUUUCUUGAUGAAAAAACUCGAGGACCGCAGGCGUUGAAAUGAGAAGAAUAUGUGAUUUACAGAGUGUCCAACUGUUAAACAGCA